GGGCAGUUCCUCUUUCUGUUCCGUAGGUAAGCACUAUGGUGUUGUAGUGGAUGCGAGCUUCGACUGGAAGCCAGUAGAGUGAGUGAAGGAGCGGGGUGACAUGAGGGUUCUUGGGAAGGUUUAAAACCAUGCGGGCUUCUGAGUUCUGGAUAAGUUGCAGGGGGUUGAUUGCACAAGUGGUGAGCGCAGCCUCCAGCGAGUUGCGGUAGUCCAGACAGGAGAGGACAAGUGCCUGGAUAAGGACAUGUGCAGCUGCACUCCGAACUGAUGAUGACUUGUGUGCUGCCAUCUGUGUGCAGUAUUGAACAGUUGGGGAGGCUGCUGAGGAGGAGAAUGGCUCAUAAUAAUGGUUGGAAUGGAGGAAAUGGAAUGGUAUAAAAAACAUGGUUUUCAUGGGUUUGAUAAUAUUCCAUUCAGUCCAUUCCAUCCAUUCCACUCCAUUUCAACAAACGCAACUUUCAUUUAUGUUGUGAUGCAGUAUUCACGACCACAAUCUCACAAAACUUGGUUAAAGAAUGACUUUAUGAAAAAUGAUCCUAUUUAUACUUGGUAGUCGAUUUUGGCAGUAAAGAAUACGUUUCGGACUCCUAUAGAUGCCACAUAGACUGUUUUCUAAAUGAGAAGUUGGUUUUUAGGGGCAGUUGCUGUUUAAAGAGAAAGAUGUUGCUAGAUAAGAUGAGCUAUUCAUACUUCACUGUGCUUACCACAUGCGUGACGUUACCAAAUCAUUACUUAGAAUUAAAGCCAAGCUGGUAUUUGACAUUAACUCAUCGCUUGUCAGAGAGCAUGGGAGCAAUUAUAUUUCUCCUGAUUCUGGCGCUUCUCAAGGACUAUGGUCAUGGAGCGCCACAGGAAGGUGGGGCUGAAGCUAAGGGGGUUUUGUUUUAUGCUAUUUGUGAUGAUGAUGAAGACUGAACAUAUCGACGAGUGCAGUAGCAACUCCCUCAUCUGUGGGGACAAUUCAGAUUGUUUCAAAACUGAGGGUAGCUACUUCUGUUUGUGUCAUCCUGGGUUUGAUGACUUUACUGGUGCCGCGCGACAAUGCUUGGACAUAGAGGAGUGUGUUACGUUCCCAAAUAUUUGUGGGAAAUGGGGAACCUGUCUUAAUCAGGUGGGUAGCUACCUGUGCACGUGUCCCAAUGGAUUUAGGAACUCUGGCAACGGACAAACUCCGUGUGUAGACAUUGACGAGUGUAAUACAGACGGAGUAUGUGGAAAUGGGGGAAUCUGCCAAAACCUGAUUGGAAGUUACUGGUGCCAGUGUCCUGCUGGAUUUACUAACUUUGGCAAAAACCAAACUAAGUGUGUAGAGCUUAAUUGUGACCAGUACGAAACACAGCCUGGACAGACUCUACCAGGCUUUGAUAGUUGGUCUCUGUUGAGAAACAACUGUUUGGUGUUGAGCAACUCUAUGUUGCCUGGACUGACAAGACUGCUGCCAACUGGAGAUGUGCUUUUGACAUUACUGGUUAAUACCACUGAUGUUGUUCAACUGGGCCUCCAGUCCAAUGGUCACCGUAGUAGCAGUGAAGUGACUAAGUUACUGAGGACGAUUGAAAUCUCAUUCAGACUGAUCGCUCCACUGCUGACAGAGAACGUGACCAGGAUAGAGACCAACCACACAGAGGUUGAGAUUAUGGUGAGAAGAGACAAGACUCCACCUGAAGGACCAGUCAGCCUGACCAAUGAGAACACUCAACUUGACACCACCUGGGAGACGGUGGUUGGAGAUGACCAGAAUUACCCAGGGUAUGCAUUUGUCAUUCUGCUCAGCCAUAAGAAUCUGGAUAGUCUGAAGGACAGUACUUCUCAUCAGAGCCAGCAGCUCAUGUCCAGUGCUGUGACAGUUUCCGUUAGCAACUCCAACACAACAUACCUGCCCCAACAGGUUAAUCUCACCUUCCAUCACCUGCAGUCCAGUGAUGUUGACCCCACCUGUGUUUAUUGGUCGGAUGAGAAUGGACCGGGGGUGUGGUCUGGGAGGGGUUGCACCUUAGUGAUGUCAAACUCCAACCAGACUGUGUGCUCCUGCAACCAUCUCAGCACAUUCACUCUGCUGAACAAAGUGCAACAGGGAAGCGGGCAGCUGUCAUUGGUGAUGUGGGUGGGUGUUUUUGUGGCACUGACCUGUGUGGUCCUGUCCCUGAUCACCACCCUGUGGUGUCGCUUUGUCAGCCGCAAACGCCGUGGAGGACACCGGCUGCAACAUGAAGUACAGCUACAUAGAAAAUAAGACAUGGAUUUGAACUAUUUGUGUUAUAAGAAAAGCUUUACUUGGAAUUCAUUUGAAAAUGUUGUCUCUUGGCUUGCAAGGACAUCCAAUUACCAGAAUUAGUAUUUAUUUAAGUAGUUUAAAAAUGUACCAAACAAACAAAAACAAAAACAUAACUUUUUAUUAAUAGAUAUACAAUUUUUCAUGUAUAGAAAUCAGUUCUGGACUGUAAUAAAUGAGCUCUCAUCUCUAUGGCAACAUAAGUCAUUUCAGUCUCAUAAACAUGGUUGGUAAUUUGUAGAGAUGAGAAUAGUGGUAUAUCCAUUCAACGCUGCAUUUGUCCAGUAUUUUUUUUAAAUUGUACCUUUAUUUAACUAGGCAAGUCAGCCUAGGAACUGCGGGUCAACUGCCUGUUCAGGGGCAGAAUGACAGAUUUGUACCUUGUCAGCUCGGGGAUUUGAACUUGCAACCUUUCGGUUACUAGUCCAACACUGUAAACACUAGGCUACUCUGCUGCCUCUUUUUUAAAUGUAAAUUUUAUGCCACUUGGUUGUUGUUGUAACUGACUUAUUUGAAGUGACAGUAAUAUUUUUCCUGUUUAUUUUACAGUGCUUGAGAAGGUAUUUAAAUCCACAAAUCAUCUUGCUAUUAUUUCCUUCAUUCUGACAUAAAUGUCUAAAUAUGAGCUGUCCGUUUUGUAAAAAUAAUAAAGCACAACAUCAUACUGAAAGUACAA